AUGAACAUCCUCGCCUUUCUCCUCCUCACCUUCUCCUCCUUCCUCGCCACGCACGGAGGAAAAAUCAAACCGCCGACAUAUUUCACGUCUUGGGGUACCCUCACUUGCCUCCGACCCAUUUAUUGGUGCUUCUUCGUGUCUUAUAUGGAACGAGACAUUUGGACAUAUGAUGAUCGAAUUGAUUUCUUGGGAGUUCGAUGCACGCGAGACAAAGACUAUCCCUUUUCAUUGAAGGGGUGGCAGUAUGGGGAUGAGCAGUUAAGCCACAACUUCACGAUCUCGUUGGAAGUCACCUCCAAUUGUACAGAGGAUGGCACGUUAAAACUGUUGGAGACAGACAGGAUUGAAGCAAGGUUGGACUCUCGUCACGUGGAAUUCAAUAGAACCAUCGAUCUCACAACAGACCCGGGCACCCAUGUACCCAAAUAUCACUAA